AUGGGUUUGCUCUCGAACAAGUAUCGAGUCCUCGUGGUUCUUGUUGGUUUUUUAUGUCUCGUAUCCGUUUGUUCCAACUAUGUCGUCAUGAAUUUCACAUUCAUCUGUAUGAAAAAUGACAUGAGUUUUACAAGAGACGAUGUUCGUGUAAAUGGAAAUGAGACCUCUCCCGUCAGUUUAUUCGAUUAUACACCAAACGAAAAAAAAUACUUGAUGUGGGCUGUGGCAGCGGGUACAAUUAUCGGCACUUUUCCGGUAAACUACGUGUUUGUCCGGUUUGGAGGAAGAUGGACAUUCUUCAUGGCCGGAAUCAUAUCUGUUAUCGCUACAACUUUGAUCCCCCUGGCCGCGCAAACCUCUUUUCAUGCACUUCUUGUUGCUAGAUUAUGUCAGGGUCUUGCAUUUGCGGCAGACUUUGCGGCGAUCGGAUUACUAACUGUUCGAUGGGCACCACUAUCUGAAACCGCUAUAUUUCUAGGAGCUCUCACUUCAUUCACCAAUUUCUCGUCAGUUCUAACAAAUGCUGUCUCUGGAGCGAUUUGCGAAGGCUUUGGAUGGCGUACGGCAUUCUAUGCUCAUGCAGCUUUGGGGCUAGUAUUUUUCAUUUUAUGGGCUAUUGUAUAUACUGAUAACCCACAAAAAUCCAGCAGAGUGUCUCCAACAGAGCUGAGAAAAAUUCAGAAGAACAAGUCUGAGAAGCACUUGGAUACCAAAAAUGUAGAAGUUCCAUAUAAAAAACUUCUCACAUCACCAGUCGUUCUUUGUGUCUGGUUGAAUGCGUUCGCUGAAAUGUCAAUCAUUGUCUUCUUGCACACCUACGCACCAAUAUUUUUCAAUAGAAUUCUGAAGUUCAGUGUCGCAGAAACUGGAUUCCUUCUUGCACUAUCUGUGUUCUUUCCUCUACCAUUGAAACUGGUUGGUGGAGUUAUCAGUGAUAAAGCAAAAUGUUUCUCGGAACGUUCCAAAAUGCUCUUCUUUAAUACGAUUUCCGUAGGAUUAGUUGGAAUUCUGAUCGGUCUUCUCAGUUUCAUUCCACAAUCCUAUCAUUACGUUUCUGUGGUUCUCUUCUCUAUCAUCUUCUCAUGCUUAUCACUGAAUUGUGCUGGAUUCUACAAGUGCGCAACUCUUCAUACAAGACAGUUUGCCCAUGUCGUCAUUUCAACAAUUCAAUGGAUGAAAUCAGUGGCAUUGAUCACAGGACCAGCACUGGUUGCUGCCAUUGUUAAGAAUGAAGACAGCCCAGUACAAUGGAGAAUUGUUUUGUGUAUUCUUGGAGGUGUGAUGGUUACGGCCAACACUCUGGCUCUCUGUGUUUUUACCGAUAAGCCUGCCGAAUACACAAUGGCAGAUGCCGAUGAGAAGACUAUCAAAUAUGAAGUCAAUCCUGAUAAAGAAGAAGUCUAG